UAUUAAAGUGGCAUAUAAUGUGGUAGUGGCGUAAGAUUAACCACACCUAUACGCAUGGUUACAUGCUACUACUAUGUAACUACAAGUGCAGCCAACCUAACCGACAGAAAAAACCCGUUGCUUUGUUUGUGUAUGUUGAGGUUGUAUUUGUGUCGAUUCGAUAUGAUGACUAAUCUGCUUAACCUAACAUCAAUUUGGUGAUUAAAUUAUUUCAUCAUCGAUGACGAUACCACGCCACCACAUCGGAUUGUUUGUUUCAUCAUAAAUUUGAAAUAAUUAGAAUAUUUAUCCGAAAAAAUAUCGAUCAAUAAUGAUGAAAUCAAAUGCUGAUAAAGAAUUUGUUGAUUUUUUCGAUUCAAUUGGUCUUGAAUCAUGGAUCGAACCUUUGAAAAAUGCUGGCGUUUCAUCGUUGAAAUUUUUAUAUGUCAAUUUCCUAGAUAUAAUCAAUGAUGUUGAUUAUGGUGAUAUGGCGAUUAAUUCCUUACGACAAAAUCGUCUUCAUGUCAAGAUCAUAUUGAAACGAUUAAAAGAUAAAUUUGAAUCAAACGUUAAUACAUCAAUUGUAGAUACACCAGUUGAAAGUUCAAACAAACAAUUCUCACCACAGCCGUCAUCAUCGAAAAAAAUUAAAAUUUCUAGUCAAAAUGGAUGGUCGACAGCUAGAAAUAGACAAAAAUUCGAAUCUAAACUCACACAAGCAACAGUAAUGCAAGCAUCGAUUCUGAAUGCAAAUAUAGAAGGAAUUUAUUGCGAAGAAAAACUCACACCAAAACCCGAUGGAAGUCACGAAGUAUUUAUCAAGAUUUUUGCACCAAAACCAGAAAAUCCGAAAAAAGAACGAUUUCUUGAUGAUUGGAAUCAAUAUGGUCAGACGUUUUUCGAUACAGCUACAUAUCAACCAAUUUUACCUCAAGUUAUACAUGAUUUCAUGGAUAAAGUAAAUGCAAAUAUCGUACCAAUAUCACAAAAAGAAUUUGAUCACAUGAAAGAGACACUUAGUUUGGCUUUAUUUCAGGAUCUUCAGCAUUAUUUUAUAUGGCGUUUACCACCACGAUUUUUAUAUACUGUUUGUGAUCGAUUAAUACAAAUGUAUCCAAUGUGGGAUGAUGGAUCACCAACUAAAACGGAAACGAUAAAAAAACGAUUAUUGGAUAAAUAUAUGCAUUUUCGUCGUUUUAAAAUACCACCUGAUUGGGUUGAACAUAAAUAUAUUAUGUUGAAAAAUGAUGUAGAUAAUUGUGUCUUACCAAAUGGUGGUAAAAAACGUGGCCGUAUUAUACAACCAAAGCCACCAAUAGUAACAACAGAAGAAAAUGAUACCACUGUUGUUAUUGGACAAGAUAAUAACAAUAAUAAUACAAGUGUUGAUGUAUUAAACAGAUCAUCCAUAUCGAAUAUAAUCGAUUCUUCUCAAAAUGCUAGUAUUGGUGGUGGCGAUGUUAAUGUUGGAGAUGAUGAUGGUGGUGGUAGUGGUGAUAUAAUAAUUCAAAUAAACGAUCUACAAUCGAUACCAUCGAAUGUCAUAAUAAAGACGGAAUAAUUUUUAAAAAUUAUUUUUUAUUUUUUCUCAAUAAUAAAUAAAUAAAUAUCACAUUUUGGUACUUUGUUUACGUCAA